AUGGCGAGCGGUGAUCGAAAACGGUCUCUGCAGCUCAACAAGCGGGAUAAGUUCUAUUCGCGGUUUGUGCCGCCGCCGGCUCACAAGCCGCCGCCACAGCCUGGACUUCCGCGCGCUGGACUGCCACAUGAAUUAGACAGGGAUAGCAGUUUAUUGAGAGCAGCAAGCAACUAUUAUCCGGAAGGUGAAGGUGAAGGAGGAUGUAGUGAAUUUCCUCCUCUCAUGCUACACAAGUCCUGGACGAAGGGAGUGCCGUACAAGGAUGGAUUCGACCACGCAAAACCAUCUGAUUCUAUAGGAAAUUGCUAUUCGGUUACAACUAAAACUAUGCGUGGCAUCAACAUGCCACCAAAACGCCGCGCUCCACCUGAUUUGUACGGACCUAUUGGACCAAACGGUGAGCUGCAGUUCCCACCGCUAAAGCCUUGGGCUGAAAGAGAGAAGGAGAAGUUGGAGGCUCUUAAAAAGCAGCAGGAGAAGAAAAAGCUACCCAAAGGACAUGUACUAUUAGAGGACUUAGUAUCUGGUGCGUAUGAAAGAAGAAAGGCUGCAGCAGCAGAAGCGAAAAGGAGACGAAUUGAGAAGAAGCGUCAGGAGAAGGAAGCUGCAGAAAUAGCAGCGCAGGAGGCAUUAAAGAAGCAUUUAGCGAGAUUGGCAUUUGAACUUCCACGUGAUCCUGACGAGCAAAAGGCCGAAAUGUUGAAGAUCACAAAGGAGGAGCAUUUUAAAUAUAUACACCCUAAAGAAUUGGAGAGGAUACAAUAUUACAUGACCACGUCGCUAACCGACAGGCACAUAUCAGAGUUCCCUCAAGAGCUGUACCAGCGAGCUAAGGCCGCCGUCGACAAGCAGACAGCCCCCAUCAAGAAACGUCUGAUGAUACUUUUAUACCAAGCGUGCGUGCGGCAGAGCGAGACUGAAAUAAGGGAAGCCUUUGUGACGGCAAUGAAAAGGUGA